AUGAUGCACUGGUCUCUGAUCAUCUUGUGUUUCUGCGGCCUGGUCAUUUCAUCAUUGCAACGGCCACGGCCGAAGCCGGACAAAUGCUUUGAGUACAGAAUCACCCACCAGCGUCCCAAAGACCAGCCUGUUGGCUCGAGCGCAUGCAAACUUACGUGCGUUACCAUGGUCAUUGACACGAUGGACAAAGCACAUCUUCAAGCGAUUUCUGACCGGGCGGCAUGCGGUGCUGGCAAUUACGGCCUUAUCGGUGGAGUAGCUGACCGGGCUCAGCAUACCUGUUCCUGUCAGUUCCAUUACGGUUUGGUGACGAAAGACAAGAGUUCAAACUGUGACAAGGCUGUUCAAGCUGCUUUGCUGGGAGCCAUCAAUAAUGCCAUUGACUCCGUUUUCGGGCGCACUGCAGCACGUACAAGGGACCCGCUGUCAACAUGUCCAGAUCGGACCUAG